AUGAACUGGACAUCAGAUGCCGAUUUUAUUUUGGCUGGUCUAUCUAGCAAUGAAAGUAUUCAGACAUUUUUGUUUGUGAUAUUCCUUCUUUUCUACCUGAUAUCACUGAGUGGAAAUUUCACCAUCAUAGUUACAAUAUGGUCGGAACAUAAAUUACACACACCCAUGUACUUCUUCCUGGGAAACUUAUCAUUUCUGGACAUCUGCUAUUCUUCAGUAACCGUGCCCAAGUUGUUGUUGGGUCUGGCAGGGGGCAGUUCAGAGAUCUCAUACAGAGGGUGUAUGGCCCAGCUUUAUUUCUAUGUCUCGUGCUGCAGCACAGAAUGUUUGCUACUUUCGAUCAUGGGCUUUGACAGAUACGUGGCUAUAUGUGACCCUAUGCACUACACCAUAAUAAUGAACAAACACAAGUGCCUCCAGCUGGCUGUAGGUCUUUGGCUUGUCGGCUUUACAACUUCAGUUAUACACACUAUUUUCACAGCUCGGUUGCCGUACUGUAAUUCACACAGAAUCUCUCAUUUCUUCUGCGAUAUUCCACCAAUGCUCGAGCUGGCAUGCUCUGACACUUUUCUUAACAAAAUUCUAAUCCUCACAGCAGGAGGAUUUUUAGGACUCAGCUCCUUUUUACUCACCCUGGUGUCCUAUAUCCAAAUCAUUUUAACCAUUUUAAAAAUACGAAGUAACAUUGGCAGAAGAAGAGCAUUUUCCACUUGUGCUUCUCAUUUAAUGGUGGUCAUCAUCUUCUUCGGAAGCAUCAGUUUUAUGUACAUGAGGCCAACCUCUAGCUAUUCUUUAAAACAAGACCAGCUAGUAUCUCUUCUCUAUGCUGUUGUCACUCCUGCACUCAACCCAAUUAUCUACACCCUAAGGAAUCAGGAGGUCAAAAUUGCUCUUAAAAAGAAUAUAAAUCAAAGGUUAAAUUCUACGUAUUUAUUGAAACAUUAUGUCUUAGCUUUCUUUAAAGAGUUUGGCUGAUCUGUUAUAUUUCAAUGAAACAUUUCCCUGAAUAAAAUGAUUUCCUCAAAAUCAUUUCAUUUCACUUGUGAAUGAAUGUUGAUGCUCGGCUCCACAUGCAGCCCGGGGAGUCUAAGGCCGCGUACACACGGUCAGACAAAACCGAUGAGAAUGGACCGAGGUUCAGUUUCAU